UACAGGAUACUAGUUACAAAAAUAGAAUAUCAAAACCAACUUUACUCUGUGAUUUGUCAUAGAGAUUUUAAGAUGUGGAAAUUUAUGAUCAAUUUAGUAUAUAUGGGGCUAUGGGCUGGCUUUAGACUCAGUCUUGUGAAUUGCACAAUACAUUACAGUACAAGUGAAUAUUGUUAUGGGGAAAUCGAAUCUUUUAUACAAGAUUCACGCAGUUGUGAAUUUCAGCUUCCAUAUAUUUAUUUUUCCAACUUGAUAGUUCGAGAUUCUAAUUUCUCAUCAUGCAACACAACUUGUCGGAUUAUCAUAUCAGUAGAAAACAAACGGUACAAUGUCAAAACUAGAAAAAUCCGUAUUUCUCAAGUAUAUGCAACAUUUACUGGAGACAUUGAUAGAAACAAUUUUACAAUAAAGCAUUAUUUCUGUGGAACUGAAUUCAACUAUAAUCGGAAAUCAGAGAUGUACGUAUUGUGUGGACUAAGGAAAGGGGAAAAGUUGCUUGGUGACGCAUGCCAAACAAACGAGGAUUGUACCGGAACUCCAAACGCCGGGAUUUGUAGACACCAAGAAAACUUCUAUAUCCGUGGGAAGUGUCAUUGUAAUGAUGGCUUUACGGAGUUUUCAAAUCGAUGUCUACAAGAAAACAGACGCCUUCAUGAGCAUUGCGAAGAAGACAUACAAUGUAAUGGAACAGAGAACGCAUCAAAAUGUUCCUUAAACUCUUGUACAUGUGAAGAAGACUUUAUCGACUUUCGGAAUAAAUGUCUAAACUAUUCUGUGGGGCUUGGUGACGAAUGUACACUCCAUGCACAAUGCCUUAACAAUGGACUGCUAACUCAUUGUUCUCCAGGAAAGCUUAACAAUGUCUGUGCCUGCAUGGAAUCGUAUAUUAAAGUUGAUCAUCAAUGCAUGUUAGAAUUGUAG